GCAUCAGAAUGGAAGAGGAGCAGCAAGAUUUUAUCGUCUUUUAUAGACCCGAGAGAAGGCUUUGUCCCAGACAGAGUUAUCCCUCCGUCAAUUCUUGCAAAUGCAAAAGGUCUUGCGAUCAUCACGGUUGUCAAAGCAGGCUUCUUAGGGUCAACGAGAUACGGCAAUGGGGUAGUAGUUGGGCGGCUCGCUAAUGGAAAUUGGUCUGCACCCACUGCGAUUGCUCUUACAGGCGCCGGCUUUGGCGGUCAGAUCGGGUUCGAAUUGACAGACUUCGUUUUAAUAUUGAACGAUAUAGAAGCAGUAUGGAAAUUGUCGCAACAAGGCUCUUUGACGCUAGGCCGCAAUGUCUCUUUGGCAACUGGGCCUUUGGGAGAAAAUGCUGAAGCUGCCGGAACUCUGAGCUCAAAGUGUAUAGCUGGCUCUUUCUGUUACUCCAAAAUGGAGGGAAUGUUCGCUGUCGUUUCACUGGAUGGCCUCAUCACCAUUGGAGAAAGGAUAGAAACAAAUGAUAGACUCUAUGGCCAGCGAUAUACUGCAAGCCAGCUGAUGGGAGGUAGUGUCCGACCCCCGCUAGCUGCCAUCUCGUUUAUAAAGGUUCUCAACGAUUACACAAAUGUUCUUAAUUCCACAGUUCCUGGUGGACUGACCAUGUCGGAAGAGCCGAUUCCGCCAAAUCUGCAAGGCUUGUCAAGUGAGACUGUAAGCCUAGAGGAUGAUCAAGUGGUGGCUUUGAUCGACUUUGACGCAGAAGGUCCCGGCCAUUUGGGAUUUAAAAACAGGAGAAAUUGUCACGGUGGUGGGGAUUGA